AUGCACUUUUCCCCGGCCUGCCAACACAGAAUGACCGGAUGCAGGACGCAAGAUGGAACUGACGUUCAUUCAUCGAAACCGCCCUUGCUUAUGCCUUUGAAGAGGAAGCACGGAGAUGGCACUCCGGCAAACUCCGCCUCUCGAAGCGGAGCCAUGUUCCCAGAGAACAUGAGUGACUCCAUGCGGCCUCGAGGCGAUGACCGCGAGGCUAACGCGCGAGCGAGAGGAUCGUUUUCGCGACAGCGGCAACGAAAAGUCUGCGACGUUUCAAGUCUGUCGCUGUACGCUCGAGUCACACCUGAGUUUGUGCCAGACGAGUUCUCGAGUCUCAGCAGCAGCGGGCAGGAGGACGGGGACGAGGAGCUCUCCGACGAAUCCCCUCACUGCGGCGACUCCUGCAAAGAUGAGCCGUCGGAGAAGGACAGUGACGACGAUGUGGACAGCCAAGAGGACUCCGACGCAGAGCAGCCUGCGGGAGGAGGCAGCUGUCCUCACCAGUACUCUUCGCCGAAGUUGCCGAGUUUCCCCAGGACUCUGCGGCGUCUGUUGCAUGCGCUCGCGAAGCGUCUCCUCCAGCAGCCGGACCUCCGCGCUUUCACUGAGGACUUGGCUCCACUCUCUACUCUCUCGAAAGACGCGCGCAGAGACGCGACGGACGAGUCACCUGGCCGGAACCUGCCGACUGUCGGCUGUAGCUACAUCGAAGCUGUGCGCCUCGUGGCGCUGCUGCUCAAAGACGUCGGGCCAGGCGGCUGCGUAUCUCCUCAACUUUUCGAAUUGGUGGACGAAUGCGUCGCUCGCGCAGGUGCAAGUUGUCUGAAGGCGAUUCCCGAGAAGCCGACGCCGCGUCUUCGGAAAGAACGCGCAGGGACGCCGCCCCAUGAAAAGCCGCUGCCUGCAGCUGCCGCGAAAGCCGCCGCAGCUGUGCGAAAAAUGGAAAACGUCCAGUGGCAACUCUGGCGAGACACAGCCAAUUGCACAUCCACCAUGCGUGGGCAAAUUUGCUGUCAGAGCAUCGACCGUCUGCUCACGUCUCAGCAGAUCCAAGCGGCUGUCUGGGAGGGCAGCAGCAAAAUCGCAGCGUGGAGACUAGGCGCCUCAGACUGCCUAGCUGCGGCCGCUCUCGCCACCGCCAAGGGUCUGCUGUCUUUACAGCUCGCCGUCCGCAGCUUGCAGAAAAACUCGAAACAGCUGCAUUCAGAUGAUGACCUUUCGGAAGACAAUGCGGAGACCGGUCGGGAGCGAAACGGCGAGUUGGCAGAGAGAGGACCUGGGCGGCGAUCAGAUCGACAGGAGGAACACAAACUGUGGGAGAAAGCUCUGGCAAAAGUCCCUCGAGAAAUCAGGGCCGAGGUGGAAUCAGCGCUCCUUUUUUGCCUGAGAAAAAAGAAGAUGCCUCCGAUUCUUCUCCUGCAGUUGUUCGUCGCUCUCAAUCGACGAAGCAACCUGUCUUCAUGUCUUGCUCUCGCUUCCAAUUUUUGUCGGCUGUAUCCCUACGCGCCGUUCUUUCGCGACGUCCACGUCGAGCUCCUCCUGCUUAAGCUCGGAAGCAAUGAGAAACGCAAGGAAGACAACAGAGAGCAAGACACUGCGCAGGGUCAGGGUGAUCGACUCGACACUGUUUUCUCCUGCCUUUUUCGGCUUAUUGACGAAGAACAAACGGAGUUCCAACGCACGCGAAAAGUGUUGAGCACAGCUAGCAGGCAGUUCGUCAAAGUGCACUGCGGCGGCGAAGAAGCACUCCAGCGACUAAGUGAAUUCUGGGACUGCCUCAAGAAACGCGACCGCCUGGACUGUCUUUUGUUGGCGUUGGAGGUCCGCCCGGCGUGCGCCUCGACUUGGUGGCGACUGGCGAAUUUUUUGACUUCUGACAGGGAACCGCGGGAGCUUUUGAAAAUGCGGUGCAGGCUUCAGGCGUUGUCUGGCGCGGGAAGAACCUCAGAAAUCUCGAAAAAGAACGCAGCCGAACAGAGGACCCGAAUGGCGCGCUUCACCAGAAGAUUCUUUGUAUAUGACAGCUGCAGUCUGACUGCCGUCCCGGAAACCGGGCGCGUGGCUUUGUUCUUCUGUGCACCCUUUUUCUUGGACUAUCUUCAGUUGCUGCUCGAGUUCGCGAGUCUCCUCGGAGCGGCGUUUCCGCAAACUCGGCCGCAGCUGCUGACAUCGGUUGGCAAGCGGCUUUUGCAGGAAAGUCGGGGAAGCGACCCCCACGGUUUCUUUUCUUCAGAGAGGUCGAAAAGCACAACACGCACGGUUUCCUCCACGCUUCUACGGGGUGGGCUUCUGGUCUCUCUCGGAGACUGUCAGUGUUUAAAAUGGGACAGUGAAUCUUGUGAAUCAGUCCUUCGCGCCUUCGAGAUAUCGACUGUCGUGAAGACUAGAGCGCGUCAGGCGGUCUGUGGCUUUGCAGAUGCAGUGCUCUGUUUCUACAGGGUACCGCCACACAAAGUUUUCGAUUUCAAGGUGCUCACCCAACUCGCGGUUGAAAGUGUGAACACUUGA